GUGCUAUGCUAAAAAAAAAAAAUUACUCAUCUGAAAAAAAUGGAUGAUUGGUCGAGCCAGAUGUAAUGGUUAAUGAUCAGAACUGGCCUUCAAUACGGAUUCUCCCCUGCGCUCGUCUCUGUAUUCUAAUCUAACGAAUUUAUUUGCUGCUGAUAGAUAUAAAUCGAACAUUAGGGUUGUGCUGAGAGGAGCCCGACGCCGCGAGGGGGACGUCGGCUUUUAAGGUUUGUCGCUGGAUUUUCCAAACUUAUUGUUUUUCAUGCGGCUCCCGAUCCGAUAGCUACCACGAAUAACCUAGUUGAGUAGAAAUAUGUCUCAUAGGAAGUUUGAGCACCCCAGGCACGGGUCUCUUGGAUUUCUUCCAAGAAAACGUUCUUCUCGUCACCGUGGGAAAGUGAAGUCAUUCCCAAGAGAUGACCCGACAAAACCUUGCAAGCUUACCGCUUUUCUUGCUUAUAAGGCUGGUAUGACUCACAUUGUCCGCGAGGUGGAGAAGCCAGGAUCAAAACUCCACAAGAAAGAAACAUGUGAGGCUGUGACGGUCAUCGAGACUCCACCCAUGGUCAUUGUGGGAGUUGUUGGUUAUAUAAAAACUCCCCGCGGACUUCGCUCACUUAAUACUGUUUGGGCUCAGCAUUUGAGUGAAGAAGUCAGGAGGAGGUUUUAUAAGAAUUGGUACAGGAGUAAGAAGAAGGCUUUUACCAAAUAUUCAAAGAAAUAUGAAUCUGAGGAUGGAAAGAAAGAAAUCCAAACUCAACUUGAAAAGAUAAAGAAAUAUGCUUCUGUUGUUCGUGUGUUGGCUCACACUCAGAUCAGGAAAAUGAAGGGAUUGAAGCAGAAGAAGGCUCACUUGAUGGAGAUUCAAGUCAACGGAGGAACUGUUGCUCAGAAGGUUGAUUAUGCCUACAGCUUCUUUGAGAAACAGGUCCCCAUCGAUGCAGUUUUCCAGAAAGAUGAGAUGAUUGAUGUUAUUGGUGUAACCAAGGGUAAGGGAUAUGAGGGUGUCGUUACUCGUUGGGGUGUAACCCGCUUACCUCGUAAGACACAUAGGGGGCUUCGCAAGGUUGCUUGUAUUGGUGCAUGGCAUCCUGCUAGGGUUUCCUUCACCGUCGCUCGCGCUGGUCAGAAUGGUUACCACCACCGCACUGAGCUGAACAAGAAGGUCUAUAAGAUUGGCAAAGCUGGAGAUGAGUCUCACUCGGCCAGUACUGAGUUUGAUAGGACUGAAAAGGAUAUUACUCCCAUUGGUGGGUUCCCUCACUUUGGAGUGGUGAAAGACGACUACCUUUUGCUCAAAGGUUGCUGUGUUGGGCCAAAGAAGAGGGUUGUCACUCUUCGUCAAUCCUUGCUGAAGCAGACAUCGCGCGUGGCUCUUGAGGAGAUUAAGCUCAAGUUCAUUGACACUUCAUCCAAAUUUGGUCACGGCCGUUUCCAAACUACUCAGGAGAAGCAGAAAUUCUACGGAAAGCUCAAGGCUUGAUACUUCAUUUGAGAUCCUACAGAGCAUUUCCGUAGACCGAGUAGUAUUCUUUUCAAUUUUUAUAUUUCUGUCUUCCAUUAGAAAGAGACUUAUGUGCUGCACUUUCAAAAUUUUCCCUGUUGCUGUUUUUGCUGUGGCAUUGAUUUUGAUAAUUUGGCCUUUAAAUUUUUUUGAGAAUUAAGGGUCUGUUUGGGGCAAUUGCAGCUUAUCCAGCUUAUGCUGAUAAGUUGCGUAUCUGCAGUUGAUCCUGAUAAGUUGUUUGUCUGUUUGAUUUGUGCGUUUGGAAAACAACUGAUUUGUAGA